GCUAUCCAUUAAGCUGAAUUUUUUGCUAAUGGAAGCUACUUUUCCAAAGUCCCACUAAUAUUUUUGUCUUAAGAAGUCACUAAUUUUCUUAGUUGAAAGUAAAGAGAAUCUAAGCAAGAAACACAAAGAUCAAAGAUAACUAAUCAUCAUCCAAUGAGUAUGAGCCAUAACUACUAGAAAGAACAUAUAAAGUCUGAUUGACGUUAGGUGUAGUAUUGACUAACAUACCUAAUGACAAAAUUCACCAAUCUAGAAAACUACAAAGUAUUGACAUAAAUUCAUCUCAACAAAAUCAAAUCGACUAUAUGCAUACUUUGUAUUAAUUAAGUUGGUAAUAUGCUGUUGCACAAAAGGCAAAUCAUAGACUUUAGAGUUUAGACUUCUUCUCUAUGUCCUUUUCUUGGUAGGGAAGCCUAAACAACUAUACAUACAUUCACCCAAAAUUUUGAGCUUUCAUAUUAGUUGAACUACUAAAAACUUUUUUUUGCUCUCAAACAAUAUCUUAAGAUCAAAGCCUCUUAUAUCUUUAAGAGCUUGAUCUUCGAGAGCGAAUGGAGAUAGAUGAGUUCACUUUCCCUACGACGAAUCCAGAUAACACUCCGAUUGAUUCUCCUCCGUUAUGGAGGCUCUCUCCAACGGCCUCGCCUACACCAUCCUAUGAAGAAGCAAUCAAAGGGUUGAAGCUUACCGCGAAAAUAGGUGAAAAUGGCAACUUUUAUUCUAGGAAAAGUUGUUCAUUUUUAGAAGGUAAGUGCUUAAUGAAAAGAUCAAAAAUGUGUGAUAGUAAUAAUAGUACUACUCAAGAAUAUGAUCAAGAUCAUCAAGAGAAAAUGGAUAUGUUAUGGGAAGAUUUAAACUAUGAAGAAUUGUUCAAAAGUAGGCGUGAUUCAAGAAAUAUUGACUACCAUGAAAAGUUUACUAGAGGAAGUAAUGAAGUGGUUGAAUUUGGAUGUGUUCCUACACCAUUUAAGUUGGUAAGAACUAAUAAUAUUAAGAGUGGUAAUAAUAAGAGAUUACCAAGUAUGAUAGUUUUAGUAAAAGUGCUUAAAAGAUUUUUUGUGCUUCAUCAAUCUGCAAAGAAGAAGAGGUCUCGUUGAUUAAUUUCAUCUUGUAAUUAGGUUUUCUUGUAAUUUGAUCAGUUUUAUACAUACUUGUUACUUAAGUAUAUAUAUAUAUAGUAAGAUUAAGACACAAUUAACAAUACUUGAUUGAUUGUAUAAUAUAUGGUUUCAUUUCAUAUUGUUAGUUU